CUGUGGGCCACAAAUCAUUCGAAAAGGUUGACCGGCGCGCGACUGCUGAGUUUUCGAGAAAAAAUAAUCAAUUUAAAAGUUCUCGCUCUCUCGUACGUGCUUUUGCAUUACAGUUUCGAUUAACGAAAUAAUAAAUAAAAAUCUUUCAUCAUGACUGUCGAUGAAGGCGUAGAUAUUACUAAAACCGGAGAUCGUGGUGUGUUGAAGAGGAUCAUCAAGGAGGGUACAGGAACAGAUACUCCUAACCCUGGGUGUCAGGUCACUGUACACUACACAGGAACACUCCUGGACGGCACCAAAUUCGACUCCAGCAGAGACAGGAACGAGCCAUUUGAAUUCAACUUAGGCAAAGGUUCAGUCAUAAAAGCAUGGGACAUAGGUGUAGCUACGAUGAAGAAAGGAGAGGUGUGCGUGUUGACCUGCGCACCCAUGUACGCCUAUGGGGCUGCUGGCAGUCCUCCCAAAAUCCCACCAAACUCCACUCUGCAGUUUGAGAUCGAGAUGAUAGACUGGAAGGUGGAGGACCUGUCCCCUGGCAAGAACAAGGGCAUCCUGCGUCACAUCAUCGAGCAGGGAACUGGCAAUGACGCUCCCAAUGACGGCGCGAUGGUUACAGUUGAGCUGGAAGGUAGACUGCAAGCCGAUGGCAAGGUGUUCGACACUAGAACAGUCACAUUCCCCCUUGGAGAGGGCAGCGAACAUAAAGUCUGCGAGGGUAUCGAGAGGGCUCUAGAGAAGUUCUCGCAAGGAGAGAAGUCCAGGCUCACCAUCCAACCGAAAUAUGCCUUCAAAUCUGAAGGAAACGCUGAACUGGGCGUACCACCAAACUCCGUCGUAGAAUACGUAGUGAAAUUAAAUAGUUUUGAGAAAACCAAAGAAGUUUGGUCCAUGGAUGGGCCGGAGAAGGUUGAGCAGGCGAAGAUGUUUAAGGAGAAGGGAACCAACUACUUUAAGGGCAGCAAAUUCCAACUGGCCAUUAAGAUGUACAAGCGAGUUGUUACGUUAGUUGAAGACAUGCUAGAAGAUACAAGUGAAACAGAAGAAAGCAGAAACCAAGCGAAGGAGCUCCUUCUAUCAGCACAUCUGAACCUCUCCCUGGUCUACUUGAAGGUCACGCCAGCUCACCACUUCGAGGCCAAGGAGCAUGCACUGAAGGCCCUGAAGUUGGACGAGAACAAUGUCAAGGGUCUCUUCAGGAAAGGCCAGGCUCUGUUGGGACUUGGAGAGGCUGAAUUAGCCAUCAAAGACUUUGAGAAGGUUGUGCAGGCUGAACCACAGAAUAAGGCUGCCGCUAACCAGAUAAUCGUUUGCAAGACAACGAUCGCGAAACAGAAGCAGAAGGAGAAGCAAUUGUACGCCAACAUGUUCGAGAAGUUCGCUAAAUACGACACGGAGGUAACAGGUGGAGAAGCAGCGAGCUAAAGAUGAGAUAGACGUUAUAGGUGAGAAGGUAGGCGAGUGGGGCGCCGGCGAGGGGGAGUGGACUGACCAGCAACGGCUGAGGAAACCCACUGAGUUUGAGAAGGAGAACCCCAACAUCUUACUGUUAGACAAGGACGGACAGUUUGAGAACAUGUGAACUCACAACUCGCUGAGUUCCGGGUGGAUGCUUACAUAGACACAGUUGUAUGUAGAAAUAAUCAAUUAUUAAAAUAUCUACACAAACUCUAUUUAUUUUGGAAAGGGUACUUAUUGUGACUUCUCAUAUUUGAGCUUAAACUCAACCAAAAGUCGCUCAAUACCCUUCCAUGAUGAAACCGAGUAUGAUGUCGUAAUUUUCAAAUUAUGCCCCAUCUUAAGCGAAAAAUUCAACCCAGUUACAUGUAAUUGAUGUUAAUUAUGUAUUUUUCUGUAGCUAGAAAUAUUUCUAUGUAAGCAUCCAUCUUUGAAAACGCCUUCUGCCUCAAAAAGUGCAUUAUAAUAUUAGUUGUAUAUUCUGAUCAAACUGUUUGUUUGUCUGGACACUUUAUCAUAGAUCUCUUCACCAAACUUUAGUGUAAAAAGUAUUUUUGUUAAUACAGACAGAUAA